AUGGAGCUGGUGGAGGUAACCAAGAAGACGCAGACCAAGUGGCUUGCACAGGCCGUGCGCCUGGAGAAAAAGCACAACACGCUGGUUUUGGCCGUUGGCACGCAGGACUCUAUCGUUCUUGGCUACAUCCUCUUUCGGCGCAACGGUGCCGAGGGCCACAUCGACCGUAUCGCAGUGACCGAGUACCAGCGGCGACAGGGCGUGGGGCGCCGCCUUCUCCAGGCCGCCAUCACAGUUUUGCAGUCGAAAAGGCUGGUGCUGGAAGCGGACACGGGAAAUCUGGGUGCUAUCGCGCUGUACGAGUCACAGGGCUUCACGCGCACUACGGUCCGCGCGGAUUAUUACAAGCCAGGUCACCAUGCAUUACUCAUGGAACUCAAGUUAGGUAGAUACUGCAAAAAGUAG